UGAUUUUUCGGAGCGCACGAAGAUCAGCUCCAGAUGCCACUAGUAUUUUUUAAAAACCACAACACCCCUCCGCAACAUUUUCAAUUUCAUUUGUUCACGAACAGUAGAAUAGGCUCAAAAGCACCCGGAAAAAUCUGGAAAUAUUGUUAUCAGUCGCUAUCGAUUGCCCAAGCUCUCGGUUUUCGUUACAAAUUAACUCUCUCCAUCGCAUUGAUAACUGAACUAUGGGUGAAAAAGUUAUUCUGGUAACGGGUGGAACCGGUCUCGUCGGCAAAGCCAUCGAGAAAAUUGUUGAAACUGAUAAGAGAGAUGACGAGAAGUGGAUUUUCGUUGGCUCCAAAGACGCAAAUUUAUGUGAUAAACAAAGCACUGUUGCUCUAUUUGAUAAAUACAAACCAACACAUGUGAUUCAUCUGGCUGCUAUGGUUGGAGGGCUCUUCCAUAACAUGUCCCACAAUCUAGAUUUUUUGCGCAACAAUCUUCUAAUGAACGACAAUGUCCUCCAAACAGCGCACGAGACGAACGUCGUCAAAGUAGUGUCUUGCUUGUCCACUUGUAUAUUCCCUGAUAAGACGACUUAUCCGAUUGACGAGACUAUGGUACACAACGGACCCCCGCAUCCUUCCAACUACGGCUACAGCUAUGCUAAGAGACUCAUAGAUAUCGCUAAUCGUGGGUACUUCGAGCAGCACCGAAGAAUGUAUACUAGUGUCAUUCCCUGCAACGUAUUCGGACCGCAUGACAAUUUUAAUGUUCAAUCCGGUCAUGUCAUACCAGGACUCAUGCACAAGAUGUAUGAUAUCAUCAAGGAUGGCAACACAGACGAAAAAGUCUUCACAGUACUAGGGACCGGCAAGCCCCUUCGUCAGUUCAUCUACAGUCUAGACUUAGCGAAGCUAUUCAUCUGGGUCCUCCGUGCCUACAACUCCCCCGAGCCAAUUAUCCUAUCAGUGGACGAGACCGACGAGGUGACGAUAGCUCACGCAGCCGAGACGAUAUCAAAAGCUUUCGGCUUUCGAGGUAAAAUAGUCUUCGACACAAGUGCCUCCGAUGGACAACACAAGAAAACCGCGAGUAACAAAAAAUUGAGAAGUCAUCUGCCCGAUUUUAAAUUCACACCUUUCGACGAGGCGAUAAAAGAGACUGUCAACUGGUACAUUGAGAACUACCACCAAGCAAGAAACUGAAACGCGAGAAAUUACCAUCGACGAAAUAUCACAUGGGAAAUAUCACGAUAUAAAUAUCAUAUUUGAUGAUUAUCAACUUGGCGACGUUAUUAAAUUUCACUGAGCUGACGAGUUAUUCAAGUCGCCUGAACUGUUAAGUUCUCUAGAUUACAAACACUUCCGUGUUUUUUCUUCGCAAUUAGACAACUAAUUGGAAAUUAAUAUAUCGUCACGUAUCUGUUCUUUUCCUCCCUCUCAAUUAUCUUCAUGUACGAUCGUCUCUUACUUUCACUUAGACAAUAGCAUUUCAAUUUUAUUUUUAAAAACAAGGGUAUCUGAAAAUUCAUGUUAGACUAGGCUAUCUCCCAAUUCAUACAAUGUCUUAAUUUUCCCAUUUUUUCUUGAAUUAAAUUAAAUCGAAUUAAUUUAAUUUUUCUUCAAUUCAAUACACAACAAAUUAUCAUCGAUAAAAGGCUAAACAUCAUAAUCUAAAAAGUCCCAUCUCAUAA